UAAGCUAGUGUGUAUUUUCUCUUCUCAACUAGACUCUCUCAUUCACUACUACAUGACCUUCAACCACCAAGAGUGUCAUUUAAUUAUACACAUAUCAUUCCAUCACUAUUAAUAGUCGUCUCUCAACCUCCAAUUCGUCAAAUUAAAGAUUACCAAUGACAAGAACUUGAGAUGUCUCCCCUCCUCCAUUCUCCGUAAUAAUUUCCUAAUUCAAGACUCUUUACUCAGUCCUUUUCCCCUAAAUUAAACAAUAAAAUAUAUAUUUAAUUAUUAACUGCAAAGGAAAUUAAUUUCGUAUUCGAUAAUACCGAUUGGGAUACCGAAGUAUCGAUUGGGAUACCGAAAUAUUUAAGGAUUGGGAUUGGGAUACCAAAAUUAUUUAGAGAUUGAGAUUGGGAUUGACUUUAGAGUGUAAUUCGGUAAUCGGGAUUUCGGUAUUUGGUAUUGAGAUACCGAUACCGUACCGAUUUCCACCCCUACCUACGGGCAUGGCUGAGAUACAUCGAUGUCAAAGUGUAUAAUAUGACCGAUCGAGGUGUACAUGUAAUUCUAGUAGAUGAUGUAAGAUCGUACCCUUGAACCUCUCAUAACAGUUUAAGUUAUUAAGACCAAACGAUUGUUGAUGGUUGACAUAAUAUUAGAGGCUUUCAAUUGUGGAGACAUCAUUGACAUAUAUGUCAUAUGUUAACAUAUAUAUAAUAUAUGUAGCCAGCCAUAUCAGACUAUAUUGUACAGAUCUGGACAACAACGUGGUGAUGAUGGCUGUCAUAUAUAGAAAGAAAAGUUGCUUGGUCUACAUACAACACCGGCCAAAUUGCCACCUACGAAAUUAACAAUCAUUCACCAACAAAUCAUAGAUUUGAUUCCAUAUAACAAAUUAGCUCAAACAGCCUGACAGUCACAGGGUGGAACAACGUGCUCGAUCAGUGCGAUGGAGUAGUUGGCCUGUGAGCCUGCCGUGAUGGUUAGAUGCGAAAGCCCAUGCACUAUAAAAACUGAUACAACCCAUUGCUGAUCUUCUGUAUCUGCCUGCCCGACUCUCGCCGGAAAUGGAGCCGGAGAAGAAGAAGAAGAUGAUGAUGGAUUCAAGCUUACUGCAGACUGAUUCUCCGACAAUGGUUUCUGGCAAUAACUCCUACAACUACGCACACAACUCCUCUGCCCAGAGGAAAAUGAUGGAUACGGUGAGGCCGAGAACAGAGGAGCUGAUUGCAGAGAAACUGGACCUGGAACGAUUAUUCAUGGGCGCCGGCGGCAACACUUUUCGUGUCGCCGAUCUAGGAUGCUCGAUUGGACCCAACACGUUCCACAACGUCCAGCACAUUGUCCAGCAAGUCAGGCACAAGUACCACAUGAUGACGACCUCCACCGCUGCGUCGCCGUCGUCGACCCCGGAGUUCCAAGUCUUCUUCAACGACCAGGUCAACAACGACUUCAACGCACUCUUUCGCUCUCUCCCUCCGGAGCGAGACUACUUCGCUGCCGGAGUCCCCGGGUCGUUCCAUACCAGGGUGUUCCCCAAGUCGUCUCUUCAUUUGGCUUACUCGGCCUCGUCGGCGCAUUGGCUGUCGAGGGUGCCGCCGGAGGUGGUGGACAGAGGAUCCCCUGCUUGGAACAGGGGAAUGAUUCACUACGGUUUCGCUCCGAAACCGGUGGAGGAUGCUUACAGGGCCCAGUUCAGGAAGGACAUGGGAGGGUUCUUGAGAGCUAGAAGCGAGGAGCUCGUGAGCGGAGGGAUGCUUGUGCUUGUCUUUCCCGGGUUACCCGACGGGAUGCUUCACUCUGAAACCCAAGCCGGCUCUGUAAUCUACUGCGUCAAUCUCAGCAUCUUGGAUUUGGUUCGUCAGGGUGUGUUAGACGAAGACCAAUUGGACAAUUUCAACUUUCCAAUGUACUUUCCGCAACCAAGGGAGAUGAGGGAGCUGGUGGAGGAGAACCAGUGCUUCUCCAGCAUCGAGCUGGAGGUGGUCGACCCGGAGGAAUCGACAUGGCUUCAGGGGGGAGUUGGCCUGAGAGAGUGGUUGGUCGUGAUAAGGUCUACCAUGGCGGAACCGUUCGCCAGACACUUCGGAGGGGAAGAGAUCGUCGACAAGAUAUUCGAUGGGGCGAGCCAGAAGAUCGAGGAGCGUGCUCAAGUCAUCAUGAGCACCAAAUGCAAAGAACUGCCUCUCUUGUAUGUUGCUCUCCAGCGCAAGUGACAUCGGUUCGAAAUUGUUGCAAGUUUGUCAAAGUGUGUUUUUGAGUCUUGUUAAGUUUUAAAUUGUUGCAUUUGAGAAUUGAGACGGCCCAGAGCUUUUGGCUCAAGUUGUUGCGUUUGAAGUAGACAUUUAUGGAUAACCUAUGGAAGCAAACUUGAGUGACCAGUUUGAUGAAAGAUUAUACUUAUUAUUCUGGCUAUAGCUUGGCUGUGUUAUGCUAAUGAUUCUUGCAAUCUAUGGAUGAAUUGCAAGAAUCAUUAGCUUGGCGAUAUUCCACUAACAUACAUAUGCCUGCACUGCACAUUUUAACCAUUUUGAUUAGAAAUGUAUUAGGAGUAGGUUGUGUACGUAAUAAUUCUGUAAGAAACAGGACCAAUUAAU